CGCGAUACGAGAUUUGCGACGCCAGACUGCGAGACCGACACGAUUCCUGUAAAGAGAACCGAUAAAAUUCAGAAAUGUCUGGUCGCUCGGUCCGUGCGGAGACCCGUAGCCGCGCUAAAGAUGACAUUAAGAAAGUGAUGGCGGUUAUCGAGAGAGUGCGGAGAUGGGAGAAGAAAUGGGUCACAGUUGGAGAUACAUCAUUAAGAAUAUUUAAAUGGGUUCCUGUGGUGGACACAAAGGAGAAAGAGAAGAGCAAGGUGUCUGUGGGUGGUGAGAUGCAACAGAAGAAUUUUCCCACUGAGGAGUCAUCUGAUAACUCCUGUUCUGUACUGUUAGAUUUUCAAGAUGAGAACAGCAACCAGAGUUCUCUGUCAGACUCGUACCAGCUUAAAGCAGCUGCAGACAGCAGCAAUAACUCCAGUCCACAGCCCAGUGAGCCGGUCAGCCCUGCACUGCAGAGUCUAGACUACCAUACAGAUGAUCCACAGCCACCCACCCUCGGCCAAGAAUUCAUGGAAGAGCCACUGCUGCAGUCAAGUGAGAUUGCAGAUGAGCCACCCAGACUGAUCAAGGAAGAUCUUUUACCCCUCACUGCUCAGGAGGAUGAGGACAGCUGUGGAGCCCCACCACUGAAAAGAAUCUGUACCGAGCAGGUCUCGGUCAUUCAGGCGGCCCCUUUUAGCUAACACACACACACAAUCACACACUGUACACUGGGCAUUGAUAAUCAGCCAGACUGAUCACUGACCUUCCUAGAACUGCUGCAAAAGACACAAUAUGGACCAGAUAUCGAAAAAGCACUAUAUUUAUUACCGCAUGGGAGCGCUUUGCAACAUUUUAGCAACAUUGUAGCCCUUAGUAACUCCCAGAAUAUGCUUCCAUUCAGGUCAUGUCAGGAUUAUUGUUCAUUUUUGAAGAUCCCAUAGUAGAAUCUCUGAAUUGUUAUCACUAAUUCUGAUAUAACCUGAAUGAAUCAUCGAUUCAACGUUUA